AGGAAGGCAAAAGGAAAUACCCCAGUACGCGGAAUUACUGUGCGAUAAAUUGCAGCUCGAUUUGGAGGCGGAAGAAACCAACCGAGAGCGGAGAACGACGGCCGGACGGAGGGCACGAACCAAAUCAAAUCCGACCAAAGCUCGUCAGUCGUCGAGAUAAGCCAUGGGUCAGGUGCUUGGUUUGGUACAAAUUGAUCAAUCGACAGUAGCCAUCAAGGAAUCUUUUGGAAAGUUUGAUGCGAUCCUGGAACCUGGAUGCCACUGCUUGCCAUGGUGCUUUGGAAAGCAGAUUGCUGGAUAUCUUUCGCUGCGUGUGCAGCAGCUUGAUGUCCGAUGUGAAACAAAAACUAAGGAUAAUGUCUUUGUCAACGUUGUGGCAUCUGUACAGUACCGUGCUCUUGCUGACAAGGCAUCUGAUGCCUUCUACAGGCUUAGCAAUACCAGGGAGCAAAUCCAGUCCUAUGUCUUCGAUGUGAUCAGGGCUAGUGUUCCAAAGAUGAACUUGGAUGAUGUAUUUGAGCAGAAGAAUGAAAUCGCAAAGGCUGUUGAGGAUGAACUUGAAAAGGCAAUGUCAGCAUAUGGGUAUGAGAUUGUGCAAACUUUGAUAGUUGAUAUUGAGCCAGAUGAACAUGUGAAGAGAGCCAUGAAUGAGAUCAACGCAGCUGCUAGAAUGAGGUUGGCGGCCACUGAAAAAGCUGAAGCGGAGAAGAUACUUCAGAUCAAGAGAGCCGAAGGAGAUGCUGAGUCCAAGUACCUGGCUGGUCUGGGUAUCGCAAGGCAGCGCCAGGCUAUAGUUGAUGGGCUGAGAGACAGCGUUCUUGCCUUCUCUGAGAAUGUGCCUGGGACUUCUUCCAAGGAUGUCAUGGACAUGGUCUUGGUGACCCAAUAUUUUGACACUAUGAAGGAUAUCGGGGCCACGUCCAAAACCUCGGCAGUCUUCAUCCCUCACGGGCCAGGUGCUGUCAAAGAUAUCGCUUCACAGAUAAGAGAUGGUCAGCUCCAGGCCAAGAUGGGUUAAAAUUGCCGGAAAAUGGUGUUCAUUUCACAAGAAGUCCGCAGUCCACAACAAUAUCCUCAUAGCUAAAUAUUUUGUGAGAUGAAACUUAAGGAAACAAUACUAUUAUUUUGUGAGUGGCACAGUAUAUCUUAUUCUUCUACUAAGUGAGGUUAUCCCUAGAUGAAUGUUUAUAGACUUCCAUUGUUGCAUCACUAGUUUCUGUAAAAAUAAUACUACGUUGUGUAAUGGUCAUGUUUGCCAGUUGCAUAGAAGUGAGACCGAGGAGAAACAUCUUAUAUAUUAUAUUUAUAAUCUUCAGGCUAUUAUGCUAGACUGUUCAUGCUAUUCUCUAUGGAACUUAUGUAUUUUGGAGGAAUCGAAACAUUCAUUUGUUAA